AGCGCGCCCAGCUGUCAUGACCGCUCCGCGCGCUGCGCUCGCCUUGGCCUUGGGACUCGCGCUUGCUCACCCCGGCCUGGGUAAUGAUGAGGAAUUUGAGCACUUGGGAGAUUCAGCCCCAGAAGGGAAAGCAGACGCAGUGACCACGUCAGGCACAUUGGCUGGAGUGACUCCCGAAGCCUUGACUACAGACACGAGUUUCACCCACAUCGAAGAGGAUUCGAGUCAGCUAGAAUUUACACUGAUGGUAUUUAUCCCAUUGGCUGUAUUGGUCCUGCUGCUUCUAUCAGUGGUGCUUGCUGCAACAUACUUUAAAAGAAAGAGAACAAAGCAAGAGCCCUCCAGCCAAGGAUCUCAAAGUGCUUUACAGACAUACGAACUGGGAAGUGAAAACCUGAAAGUCCCUAUUUUUGAAGAGGACACGCCCUCCGUUAUGGAAAUAGAGAUGGAGGAGCUUGAUAAGUGGAUGAACAGCCUGAAUAGAAAUGCUGACCGUGAAUGUUUACCUACUUUGAAGGAAGAAAUGGAACCAAGCCACAGCCCCAGUGACAAUGAAUUGUAAAACCAAGUGGUGCUGACGUUACUCAUGGGAAGCACCCUCUGAGGGCACCUGCUGGGCCUGCCAGGGACGCCGAAGGGGAGACAGGUUUGGGAAAUUUCAAGUCAGUACAGCCGCAAGCACUUUUGGCUGCUUCUUCCGCUGUCCACUCUUCUAUCCGUGGAAACACCUGGACAUGGAAAAUGAGCCAUUGAGAAGUCCUAGCCAAGACCUGCUAAGGGCUCUGAAGGAGGAGAAGGAGCCGCCAAUGGGCCUCCUCUCCUCAGCUCCCUUGAUCUGGGAGUCUGUAGGUCCCUUUGCUUCAUUCCUCAGGGUUCAAAUCCCAAAGCUGUUUUACCUAAUGACCUUCUUCUAGGCCCAUUUACUAACUAAGUAGCUCUGGAUAAGUUCUUGUCACAAUUCAAACCUCUGAUGGGUCAACUCUAUUCAGCAAGCACUUUGCUGAGCCAAGGACAGUUGUAUCAUGGAACAAACACCAAACCGGGGCUUCGAUGGAAACUGUGGUCCAAGACAAGCCUUCGUCCAGUGUGGUCCAGGGAGGCCAAAAGGCUGGAUGCCUCUGGCAUAUAACAUCCCAAGGGGUUGCUAAACAUGAUUCGACUUGGUAGGAAGAUGCAGUGAGAGCGUCUAGCCUGCUUGAAAUACCACUGGAUGACUUGUAGACUUUGGCCCAGCCACAUGCCAACCACUUGGAGGAACUAGGAAUUUUCAUUGUGAGAACCACUAUUUUCCUUUAUAGUAAAGAUUCCCCCCCCCGCCCCCGCUUGUAACAUCUUCCCAGUGCUCUUAUUUUGCUCUUGUCUUAUUAUACAUCUCUGUGUGGCCAUGCGGAGUAUGCAGGUGACCCUCGACUGCGUCACUUGAAGCAAACAGCAGGAACAAGGCACAUCUGGGUCUGUUGCAGGAAUCCCCCACCGUGCUCUGCAGUCCUGACUGUCAGGCUGAAGAGAGCCUCCAGCCUCAACACAGAAUUCCAGGAGGUCGCUGUCAGGCCAUCUAAGAUGACAUUCUACCUGAUAUUAGUUGACAUCCGUGUGCUAAAGGCAAUGGAGCAAAAUGCAGAGGGCGUCCCCUAACCUCUCCCCCCACCCUCACAUAAAGUCAGUCUCCAUUUAAUCCUGACUUUUCUAAUUCUGACCUUUAAAAAGCAAUCUCGCCAAUGGAGUCCUCAGCUCUCCCAGGAUGCCUGAUAUUUUAUUCCAGGAAAGAAACAAAGAAUGAAAAUUUUCUUUUGCCAACCGCAUAUAAACCGGAGGUGAGGGCGGGAAGGUUAACCAAAGUUUGGCUGCUGGAUUUUGGUUCGGUCUUCGAAAGGCUACAUUGAUACAAAACAAAGCUCUUCUCUCCUGCCUGCUUAGGGCCUCUUUAACCAGUAUUUGCCUUCUGAGAUAUGAAGAUCAUUUUAUAGGCAGAGUUCCAGGCCAAGGCGGGUUCUCUAUACAAUGAAAGGUACAGCUAUUUGAUUGUGUGAAGUCCCUAAUUUCCCAUUGUCCUGGACUGUGAGCUUUGAUAGAAGACAGAGUUCUCAGCAUGUAACGGCAACAGACGAUGUCUGCCGUAUUGUCAUGAAUACAUCCUAACAGGGUUUGGUGAGUUGAUGUCUGUUGUUCUGACUCAGAAUGAACUUGGGGUCCAGGCUGCUUCUCAGAUAUUUAUGCCAGAGUUGCUGUUUCUCAGAGGAGCCUUAAUUCCCUCAUUCACUUUGUGGAAACGAUAUUUUGUGAUAUGAUAAAAAUGUUUUCUCAUGUAGUAUACUAAAUGACUCCAAAUUCCAGAAGAAAUAAACUUCAUCAACUUGUUGAGUUUAUAUCUGAGAAAGGGACUGGCUUCUGUGAUUGCAUGCUGUACAGACACUUUCUUAUUUUAUUUCUUUAUAAUGGUAGUUUGUUCUGGCCAGGUUCCCAAAGUUAUUAUGGGCCAAGCAGGCAAGUGUUAAUUCCUUAAUCUUUUUAUCAUUAGCCAAUUGAUGUGCAUCACCUGUGUUUGACAUUGCCAAGGACUGCUCUUAAGCCCAAACUUUUAUGUUUUAAAUUACUGGAAAAAGAGCCGGGCGUGGUGGCGCACAUCUUUAAUUCCAGCACUCAGCAGGCAGAGGUAGGAGGAUUGCCAUGAGUUCGAGGCCACCCUGAGACUCCAUAGUGAAUUUCAGGUCAGCCUGGGCUAGAGUGAGACUCUACCUUGAAAAACAAAAACAAAACAAAACAAAAAAUUACUGGAAAAAAAUCACACAUUUGCCCUAACUGGAUAAGCGGCUAAACAGAGCAAAAUAUGAUGUUAAUAUAAAGAUACAUGCUUGCUGCAUUUUGGUUGGUAUAAGCAAACUAGGUUAAUAAUGUUGCCUAGCUGAAC